UCUCAUACAGGAUAAACGCUUUUCUGAAAAUUGCAAGUUUUUUCAUCGCCUUAUGGUCUCAGUUUAAAAAAAAUGGGACGAUUUUAUGUGUUUUUGAUAUUUUUAGUUUUAUAUUCGAAAUCUGUUCAUGGCAGAGACGGAGGGUGGUCUUCAUGGUCAGGAUGGAGUGGUUGUGCCCCAGGACAGUGUGCUGGUGAUCAAAAGGUCAGAACAAGGACAUGUACGAACCCUAAGAACGACGAAAACGGGGCAUACUGCGUUGGGCCCAGUGCCGAGAGUGUAGAUUGCCCAGUAAGUGGUGGUUGGUCAGAAUGGGGUCAGUGGAGUAUUUGUGAGAACAUCUGUGGUGGCUCUGUGGUCAACAGAACCAGACGUUGUGAUAAUCCUAAGCCCAGAGGAGGAGGUUCUGGUUGUCAUGGAAACACUGUCGAAACCAAACUAGAAUGUAUCUGGCCUUGUGAAACUGGCCCCCAGGACGGGGAGUGGGGGCCAUGGUCACACUGGACGGACUGUCCCAAACCCUGUGGUCUAUCCCCUGGAGUUAUGAUCAAAAGAACAAGACGUUGUGAUUCCCCACCUCCCCAGAAUGGCGGCAAACCAUGUAAUGGAAACGCGACCGAAGAAGUACUAAGUUGUUUUGAACCAUGUCCAGUCGACGGCGGAUUUAGUCCGUGGACAGAAUGGUCCCCAUGCUCCCAGUCUUGUAAUCGCGGUUUUCAAGCUCGGAGUCGUCAAUGUAACUCGCCCUUCCCAGCACACAACGGGAGAAACUGUGAUGGUGAUGCAUAUCAAAUGCAGCCUUGCAAGGACAGAGAUUGUCCAGGCGAUCGUUCUGGUGGAUGGGGCCAGUGGAGUUCGUUCACGCCUUGCAGCGAGCUUCGAUAUUGUUAUAUGGGCCGUCAAAACAGAACGAGACGGUGCGAUAAUCCAGCUCCUUUGAACAAUGGCGAUGACUGUCAAGGAAUGGCAACGGAAAUACAACAAUGCCCUUCACCUGCUGAUAAUUGCGCUGAUCCAAGUAAAGUUCUACCCGACGAAGCUGUGACUGAACGCUAUGAAUCGUACAUUGGACUGGAGUGCGAGACGACAAAGAUGUACGCAGUGCUUGGUUCGUUUGGUAAUCUUCUACCGUCAAAGAUUUUAAAUGAUGAUUUCAAAGACUUCGCUGAUAUCUUAAGAAGUGGCUUCUUUGCGAUGAAAGCCGAUGGUGACAAUACCAAGUACUGUUUCGAACCCCAAGAUCCACUACCAAUCAGCAAAGUAGUCGGAAAAGUUAAAAGCUAUAGAAACGCGGAAUUACUGCCAGCAUUUGACCGCCCAGCGGAAACCGAAAACGUCCCCGGAAUUGCAAUAACUGUGGACAAGACGUUGGCUGCAAAGAAUAUAGAGUUUGCGUGCCACGUCGCUGGUGAAUAUACACCAGUAACUGACUUCACCCUAGUCAAUGUCAUGUUUACCUUCUAUACCGAGGGGAUAAAAAAUUCAUUCCAAGCGAAGGGUUUCCUGACGCGUGUCGAGAACGCUCCAUUUUAUAGCGUUGUCACGCGGAUAUCUGGGCAAUUAGAAGCAUCUGGUCAUGCGGAAUCCCUCGAAGUGGACAAAUUCUCAGACGUAGCUGGCUUCCCUGUGUUCCAAUAUCCUAUGCAAGUUCAGAGCGCUAUGAAGACUGCAGGUAUACUGGGUUUAAAACUGCAACGUGCAUCGUACGCUUACAACAUGAAAAAGCUCAGCACAUUCCGAGUGACUGGCUCCGUCGAUGUCUUCGGAGUCCCAGUUCACGUCGAAAUCUUGACAAACCCUAAUAAAGCCCACAGAAUCUUCGCUAUUGGUUUCUCUUUCGACGGUGAAUCGUUCGGGGCGUUAUCAAAACGAUUGUCCGGACAAGAAAUAUCGUUCCUGGAUGUUCUAGGCAUCGAUCUUCAAAUUGGUGUAAGCUACUGUCCUGCAGCCCAAGGCGUGAUCAAGGUGACUCCGGAAACGAACUACGCCAAGCAACCUCUCCACAGCCUGAUAUCAAAUGCCAUACCAAAAGAUCUCUUCAUUGCCGCUCGUGUCUCCCUGCCUAAAGAUUGCAAAGGAAACGGCUUCUGCACGGGAUGCAAAGACCUCUUGGGUCCAGAUAUUGCGUUCUUCUUGACUGGCCAUAUUCAGAAAGACAGUUUAAAAGUCACCGCAGGUUUCAGGGAUAUUCGUUUGACAGAUGACAUAAGCUUCUCAAAAGUGCAGCUGUAUGUUGAGGCAAAGAAGAAUGGCUCUUCGCACAUUUUCAAGCUCGGUUUCCAGGUGGAAGUUAAGAUUCCCGUCAACAAAGGCAUUGUAGUCGACCGUGAUGGAAUAAAAAAUCCAGCUCCUGCCAUUCACGUCGGCGGUAUUAUUGAGUAUGAGAUAACGAAGAAUACUAUCGGGGGUGCGUUAUACAUGUCUGGCCUGUGGAGACAGGCGUUUGGCCUCAAAUGGCUGGCCAUUGGCGAAAUUGUCCUCGGUAUCAAAUGGGUGAUUGGUUCCCCGUAUCCCACUGGAGGAUAUUUCGGAGGAAAGGUUCAACUUGGAGUAGAUUGCUGGACCCCUGCUGACUUCUCAAACGAUGGUCACUGCUUUUAUGCACAAGCAUACUUUGGUAUCGGCGUUCCUCAGUUCGUCUAUUUCAAGAUUGCCGCCAUCACAUUAGGGAAAAUAUUCCGACUGGCUGCUCCAAAUUUGAAGCUUCCUCCUCCAAUUGAAGACACUGGAUUCCCGCGUGGAGUGACUUUUUCAUACGCGACCGAGGCAAUCGACCUGACAUUUUUCAAGGGACCAAGUAUUACCAAAGGCGUGAUGUUCGAUGGUGCAGUUCAAAUUUUGGGUUACACUAUCGAUGCCAAGGUUAUAUUCAGUGAAGAUUACAUAUUGGCUGAUCUCAAAUUCGACCCAAUUGAUUGGCAAGGUUUACUCACAUUCGUACGAAGUCCAGCUAAGAAACAUUUGGGACCCUUCUUCUUCCUGGAAUAUAGAAGACAACCCUUCUAUCUCAACAGUCGUUUCGAAGGUUUCGUCAGCAUCCUUGGUAUCUCCGUCUAUGCCAACAUGAAUCUAACGAUGACAGAAUUCCAGCUUCUCGUUCGAGGAAGCUUCCUGAAUCUCAUCAAGGCUGAGGUUUAUGUCGCCGCCAACUACGCACAAGAUUUCUCGCUACUCAAAUUCUAUGCUAAAGUAACAGUAGAUCUUUCUGGAUUAAACAAGGCGUUAGAUGAGGCUGCUUCAGCGGUGAAAGGAGCGUUUGACGCGGCGCAGAAGAAAUUAAGAAGCGCUCAGGAUCAUGUGAAAAGAAAGAAAGAGGAAUGCAAGAGAAAGAUGUCUUUGAAAUGCGAUCGUUGUCGCGACUUGAAAUGUAAGAAAGCGGAAAACGAUUGCAAAGGAUUCUUGGAUAAGGCUGGAAAAUGGAUUGGAGGAGCGAUUAAUGCUGUAGGAAAUUGGGUCAAAAACACAGCGAAAACAAUCGGAAAAGCACUUGCUCCUGUUGGACGAUUUUUCAAGAAAGUUUUCAGAGGCUGGAAGAAGAAGCGUGACAUUGAAAGAAUGAGAAAUCAACUGUUUGAAGAGCACAUCCGAAGACGUCGUUUUAUCAGUAAAAUCAUUUGUGAGGGUAUUGUUGGUGGAGGAUGCCAAGCUGUGUCAGUGUUGUGCGAAGGAUCUUGUCGUGCCGUGGAGUUCAUUGGGAAAGGUUUAUGCCAUGUUUUGGAUAUUGCUGUUGUUGCUUUGAAGGCGGCCGAGGCGGCGUGUGGUUGGAUCAGUGCUGCCAUUCAAUUCGUUCUUACACAACUGUUCAGAAUUCACAGCAUACAAUUUGAAUUUGGUAUUGACAACACCGUAGGCGGAAGAGUUAACUUCGCAGCUGCUGUCGAUUUCACGAUAUUUGGCAAACGUCUCAAUCUUCGUUUGAACCUGAAUCUUAAGAAUCCUUCUGCUGCAAUAAAAGAAACCUCCUCUAAAGGCGUUGACGAUUUCAAGAAUAAGGCUAAUCCAAGAUCGAAGUCGGAUACGGAUGAGCGGGUUUACGAUGAUCCUAAUCCGUUCUCUGACUUUGAGUUGUCUGAACAAUUCAUGAUUGAAAACACUCAGUCAGGCACGGAUGAUGAAUCAAGAUCUGGCGCAUGUCUUUAUGCACCUUCCAAGACCAACGGUGCUAUACUACGUCUAACUGCUUGUAAUGACAUGGAUGAACGACAGAAAUUCUCGUACAAUCUUAAGGGAUUGCUUGUGAAUGCCCACUCGAAGUUGUGUGUGGAUACAAGCGGCGAUACGGCUGGCUCAGUUUUGCAACAGACAACUUGUGAUACCAAGACUGACAACCAACGUAUGGAAUGUGAUUUGGAAGUGAGAACCAUCAAACGAAGACGAACUGAUUUGUGCUGGUCUACAGGUGAGACAUCGAUCUUUGGGCCAGGAUCUCUUGUCCAGACAACUUCAUACAAGUGUAUUCAUCCAAACAGCGGGGGAAAUAACAUUCCAGAAGGCACCAGACUUGUCAUGUAUCCAACUUGUAAUAUAGCGAAGGCUGCGUUCAUGAUACAAGAUAGUUAUCUAUGGCACACCUCUGGGAUGUGUGUGAAACCAGUUCGUGAUCAGGUAUCAGAUGGCGUGGAAUUAGGUCUCUAUGGCGAUUGUCAAGGACAUAAGUUUGGAUUCACUAAAGGUGGCUCUCUCAAACAUCUUAGCAGCGGAAAAUGCGUCCAGCCUCGGGACGAGAGGGAUGUUCCAAGUGAUGGCAAUCGCUUGGUGUUGCGCAGCAAAUGUGAAAAUAACGAGGCGAAUAACAGGGAGAGAUAUAUCUUCACGUGGAUUCCAAUUGACAACCAUAUCGAACUCAGACAAUGCACGUACUUCGAACAAGCUCGUCUUGACCAAAGAUUUGAAGUCUGGGACGAAUCGCUGGCUACAGUUUGUUCAAAAUGGAGCUCAAACUUGGCUGAACACAAACCAACGGAACAAUCGAGCACCGCACACAAUGGCUUUUCAAGUCGAGCGGUUGAUGGCACCUUCAGUACGGCCUACUCAUUGAAAAGUUGUACUCACACAAACGAUGAGAGCAAUCCCUGGUGGCGAGUAGAUUUACUGAAAGAAUAUGUUGUCACUGAUGUAACGAUUCUGAAUCGUGCUCAAUAUGGCAACCGUUUGAAGAAUUUCGAAGUCCGUAUUGGCAACGAUAAACACGACUACAGAAACAACCCCACGUGCCACGAUCGUGUUGGACAGGCGCGCGAUAACGAGGCUGUGCGUGUCCAAUGCAAGCCUCCGUUACCAGGACAGUACGUUCGUGUCCAGAUGUUUGGCACAGGCAUUCUUACCAUGUGCGAGGUCAUGGUGUAUUCAAGAUUAGGUGGCUACGGCGAUCAAUGUUUGCUCAACAAUGGUGGUUGUGAUCAGAUUUGCUACAACAGUUGUGGUAGAAAGGUCCAAUGUGCUUGUGGAGUUGGGUAUAAGCUGGCCUAUGAUAGAACGACUUGCAUUGAUGUUGACGAAUGUCUGGUUAACAAUGGCGGAUGUCAACAGAAGUGUAUAAAUAUUCCUGGAGGAAGAUUGUGCGAUUGUAAAUCAGGAUUCUCUUUGAAAGAAAACUCAGAAACUCAAUGCGAAGACUACAAUGAAUGCGGUCUCAACAAUGCUGGAUGCGAGCAAGUCUGUAAGAACACCGUUGGCAGCUUUAACUGCGAUUGUCGCAAGGGCUUCGAGCUUGAAAACGAUAAAAAUGGUUGCAAAGACAUUGAUGAAUGCCAGACAGACAAUGGAGAUUGUCAACACAACUGUCAUAAUUACGCUGGAGGUUAUUGGUGUAGUUGCAGAGAUGGAUAUAAACUGAAGGCUGAUCUUCAGAGUUGUGAAGAAAAACUCUGUCCUGCGCUGAUCAAACCUUUCCGCGCAACCCUGACACCGGAUAUUUGCGAUAACAAGAGAGCGAACAUUAGACGCGACACAAAAUGCUCCUACACAUGUCAACUGGGCUACCAACUCACUGGAGGCCAAACAGACAGAACUUGUCAAAUUGAUGGUACAUUUGAUGGACGAUCACCAUACUGUAAACCAUUGCUCUGCCCCAAGGUUCAAGCGCCUGUAAAUGGAGGCGUUUUCCCCGCAUCAUGCGCCAGCAAUCCAAGUGGUAGCGAAUUUGGCCAGCGAUGCGUGUUCUAUUGUAACAGUGGUUACGCGUUGAGGGGACCUAGGUACAAGAGUUGUCAAGCUGACCAAUCAUGGAGCGAGGCUAUGGAAUCUACCUGUGAAAGAGUUUACAAAAAUCCUUGGAUCGUUUGUCCACAUUACGUGGAGAUAGAUUUACCAGCUGACAGAAGCACGAUUGCCUUGGGCGAACAAUGGAGACUGCCCAACUCAAACAUGGAGAAACUAGUUGUUCAUCCUGGAUACUUAAACAGCGCAUACGAAUUCCCUGCAGGAAAAACGUUGGUAACAUGGACAGCCAGUAACUUAGAAGGUUCUGUGAAGUCUUGUAACUACCAAGUGUUUGUUAAAGAUACAACACCACCAAUCAUAACCAACUGUCCAGCGAGUGUAUCCCAUACAACAGACAAUGGCCUGUUCUCAGUCUCGUGGACCGAACCAACUUUCAGCGAUAAUGUUGCCGUAACGAAUAAACUACAGACAAAAACAUCAGGAUCUCAAUUCAGACGAGGCACAACUACAAAAGUAUCAUACUUUGUUUUCGACGCCGCUGGUAACUCUGCAAACUGCUCGUUUACUGUAACUAUCAAACCUCUUACCUGCGUUUCUCUUGUGCCACCAAAGAAUGGAAAAAUCAGUGGAAAUUCACGUUACGUACGAUUGGUGUGCGAUCCUGGUUUCAGUGCUGACCCUUCUUUACCUGAUCGCGCGUUCUUCAUUUGUCGCGAAGGAAACUUCAAGUUGUAUCAAAACAGAGUGUGGACCACAUUUACGAAGGUUCCUGAUUGUGUGGUAACGAAACCCACGGAUGAUGAUGGAUAUUGCGACUUGGGAUACAUUCUUGCAAAGAAUAAAUGCUAUCCCUGUGGAACGGGUCAUUUCCACAGUUCUUCAGACAAUAAAUGCAAACCAUGUCCUCUAAACUCCUACAACGACCAAGAGGGUGUUGUCAGUUGCCAGUCCUGUCCGAAAGGAAGUCUAACGCUGCAGACUGGUUCGAUCCAGAAAUUUGACUGCAUAGCCAAAUGCAAACCUGGCACAUUCUCAUCGAAUGGUCUAGAUGAUGAAUCAUCACCUUGCGAGCCUUGUCCUGUUGGUACAUAUCAACAACAUUCUCAUUCGACCUCUUGUACGCCUUGUCCACAAGGAAUGACUACGUCCUCGUCUGGCAGCCAAACUCUGGCCAGUUGCGCAGCACCGGCGAAGGUUUCAGAGACUUUUCCUAGUUCAAGCAUAACAGCUUACGUUGGAGAAGAAUUGACCCUGGAAUGUUUCGUAGAUGGCGAUCCAGCCCCUACGGUAACACUUGAUCGAGUAGGAAAUCCACUGGCUUCAAGCAACAGGGUCUUGCGAACGCCACUGCUCGCUCUGGACGGAAAAUUGAUAGGAAUGGAGUUGUAUAUUAAGGUGGUUGAACUCUCAGACGCUGGGAGGUAUAUUUGUAAAGCACAGAAUGCUGGUGGCAGAGACUCGAAACUAUUCAGUGUCGAUGUGAAAGCAAAAACCAAGAGACGCAGUGUUGAUGACUUAUAAGUCUAACGCUACUGCGGUCAAAGAUCAAACAAGAAUGAAAGAAUUCUAAAGCUAACUAUAGAUAAUCUGAAAUAUAAUGAUAUGUAUGAAUUUGUCUCAGUAGUAAAUGUCUCG